GACAAUCAAAAAAAAAAAAAAAUCACAAUGAUCCUUUGAUAAUAAUACACAAAAAUUAUUCUUUGAUUCUAUUCGGUCAUUCUCAUCAUAGUGAAAGCUUCGAUUAAUUUAAUUUUCAAUCAAUCAAUCGGUUUUUGUGUGUGUGUGUGUCUGUAGUCAAAAUGAAUGUCAAUCGAUUCAUAUUCAUUUCAUUACUUAUCGAUCUACUGGCAUUCACUUUGAUAUUACCAUUAUUGCCAUCAUUAUUGGAAUGUUUUGCUAAACAAGAUACGAGUGGCCUUUAUAAUUAUGUGGAUAAUUUUAUACAAUCAACUCAACAAUGGAUCGGUGGACCACAAAUGUUCAAUAGAUCUUUAUUCGGUGGUCUAUUGGGUUCAUUGUUUUCAUUUCUUCAAUUCAUUUCGAUGCCAAUCAUUGGAAUGCUUUCGGAUAUUUAUGGCCGCCGUCCAUUAUAUCUUAUUUGUUUAACUGGAAUUUCAAUAUCUUAUUUUUUUUGGUCAAUUUCUAUCAAUCAUUUUGGAAUAUUUGUAUUAUUUCGUAUCCUGAAUGGUUUAAGCAAAGGAAAUGUUAGUCUUAGUACAGCAAUUGUAACUGAUGUUACUACGGAAAAUAAACGUGGUAAAGGAUUCGCAACGAUUGGCAUUGCAUUUUCCAUUGGAUUUAUUGUUGGCCCUAUGAUUGGUGCAAUAUUAUCCAAAUUACAUUGGUCACCACCAGAUGGCACCGGUUCAUUUUGUUUUCAAUUAUUCCCACCAAUAUUUGCAUUUAUUUUAUCUUUGAUUAAUAUGAUUUUUUCAUAUCAUUAUUUACCUGAAACAUUAUUGCCUCAUAAACGAGCUACAUCACUUUGUAACAGUCUUGUCGAUGCAUUCCAUUAUAUUAAUCCAUGGUCAUUGUUUUCAUUUAAAAUUGUUAAAAAUUUAAACACCAAAGAAAAAUCCAUCCUCCGAUAUGGUGCAUUUGUCAAUUUUUCCUUCUUAUUCAUCUAUUCUGGAUUAGAAUUUACACUUGCAUUUCUAACAUUUAUUCGUUUCAAUUUUACUAGUAUGGAUCAAGGAAAAUUAUUUUUCUACGUUGGUUUUCAAAUGUUUCUGAUACAAGGUGUUUUAUUACGACGUAUCAAUCAUAAUUAUUACAAUCAUCUUCUUUUAUCGGGAAUAUUAUUGGUCAUACCUGCAUUUAUUAUUGUUGGAUAUGCACAAACCAUUACCGGACUUUAUCUAGGAUUAAUACCAUAUGCAUAUUCAUCGGCAAUCGUUAUACCAUCAUUAUCGACUACAUUCUCAUCAUUCGGUAAUUCAAGCCAAAAAGGUGUCCUAUUAGGUAUAUUUCGUUCAAUCGGUGCAUUAGCUCGUGCAUGUGGACCAAUGACAAUGUCAUUCAUAUUCUGGAGAUUUGGAAUCGAAACAGCAUAUACGAUUGGAAGUAUUCUUCUAUUAAUACCAUUAUAUCUAGGUUAUCAAUAUCAUAUACAAUGUAAAACAUAUCGUUCUACAUUUGAAUAAAGUGUUAAUUCUUCACACACAGUUAACCCGAAAAAAACGAUUUGGAAAAUUUUUUAUUUUAAAAAAAGAACAAAAUUAUAUACACACAAAUUCCACAAGAACCAAAAAAAAAAAAAAAUCAAUGAUUCUCGUGAUCAAAGAAAAAGAGAAUCUAAUUGUCAAUUAAUGGCAAUCAUUGUCUAGCAUUCACUCAUUCAUUCAUUCAUUCAAUUGAGAUUUGUUGAUUACUAAAUGUUUUUCUGUUGUUGUUGUU